AUGGCUGGUAUCGGGAAGACCACUAUUGCACAAGUGGUUUCCAAAAGGGUAAAAUCUCAGUUUGAAGGUGACAGCUUCCUGGAGAAUGUUAGAGAGGUAACUGAAAAGCAAGGUGCAGUUCAUUUACAACAGCAACUUCUUUUGAACUUGCUGAAAAGUAAUGUACAUGUACAAACCAGCGACAUGGGAAAAGAUAUAAUUAGCCAUAGGCUACGUACUAAAAGGGUUCUUCUCAUUCUUGAUGAUGUGGAUGAAGAAGCACAAUUGGAAGCAUUGUGUGAUCGCACUUGGUUUGGUCCAGGGAGUAGGAUCAUACUUACAUCAAGAGAUGAGCAUUUGCUCAUUGCAUUUGGAGUGGAUAAAGUAUACAAGGUGGAUCCAUUAAGUGAUGCUGAAGCACUUCAGCUUUUCUGUAUGAAAGCCUUCACGAAAGACCAGUUGGUAGGAGAUGAUUUUCUCAAGCUAUCCAAGGAGUUCUUGAAAUAUGCGGAUGGCAAUCCAUUAGCUAUUAAAAUUUUAGGUUCUUCUGUAAAGUGUAGAAAGGUAGAGUUAUGGUUAAGUACAUUGGAUAAGCUAAAAAAAAGUCCAGGAAACAAAAUUUUUAAUGUGCUCAAAGUUUGUUUUGAUGGAUUAGAUGAAACCCAAAAGGAAAAAUUUUUGGACAUUGCAUGUUUCUUUAGAGGAGGGUACAUAGAUCAGGUAACAAGAAUACUACAAGGUAGUGACGGUCCGGACAUUGAUAUAGAAGUUCUCGUCGAUAGAUCUUUGGUAACUCUGUUUGGAAAAAAAUUGGGGAUGCAUGACUUGUUAAAAGAUUUGGGUUAUGAAAUUGUUCGUCAAGAAUGCCGUGAAGAGCCUGGGAAACGUAGCAGGUUGUGGCUUGCCAAUGAAAUCAUCAAUGUACUUGGUCAGAGUAGGGCGACGAGUGCAAUUCAAAGCAUAUACCUCCAAUGUCCAACAGGAGACGAUGUUGUUCACUCCAUUGGUAAUGCCUUCUCAAAUAUGGACAGAUUGAGAUUGCUCAAGAUAUCGAACGCGAAUUUUUCCGGAAAUAUCAGUUAUCUUUCUAAUAAGUUGCAGUAUCUUGAGUGGCAUGGGUGUCCUUUGGAUUCUUUCCCGUCUGACUUUCAACCGGAGGAACUUGUUGAAGUUCACAUGCCUUUUAGCCGCAUCAAACAACUAUGGACGGGGCGAAAAGGAUGGAGCAUGCUCCGGCAUUUGGAUCUGAGUGCUUCACCAUACUUGAUGUCGACUCCAGACUUCACUGAUGUUCCAGAUCUUGAAAAGUUGGUGCUUCAAUUUUGUACAAGCUUGGUGGAGAUUCACCCGUCUCUUGGAUUUCUGAAGAAACUUUUCAUUUUGGAUAUGACAUACUGCAAGUCCAUUGAGAGCCUUCCGCCUUUCACUGCACUAGAAUCCCUUCAAAUAUUGAUGCUUUCACAAUGUUCAGGACUGAAGAGGUUUCCAGAAAUUGGAGGAAAUAUGAAAAGCUUGCUGGAGCUUUAUUUGGAUGGGACCAGCAUUGAGGAAUUGCCUUCAUCCAUUGAACGCUUCACUGGUCUUACCAUGUUGAAUCUAACAGACUGUAAAAACCUUUUGCAUCUUCCCAAUACCAUUGGGUGCUUGACAUCUUUGAAAUGUCUCUAUUUACAAGGUUGCUCCAAACUUGAUAAGAUACCGGAGAAUCUGAAUGGUAUUGAAUGUAUGGAGAAGCUUUUGAUUGGUGGAACUUCCAUAAGGGAUCUAUCUAUCAUCGGAGGAAUGAAGAAUCUACAGUAUCUAUCCUGCCGAGGAUGUAAAUGUCUAGUUUCAGCAUCAUGUAAAGCUCUGGCUACGUUAUCGAAUUUGGCGCUGCUAGACUUGAGUGAUUGCAGUCUGAUGGAUGGAGAAUUUCUCAAUGAUUUUAGCACCAUGAUCUCCUUAACAUUGUUAGAUUUAAGUUGUAAUUGUUUUGUGCGAUUACCUGAAAGUCUCUCUCAAUUCUCGAAGCUCCAGACUCUGCACUUGGGUAAUUGCAAACAGCUUCAAUUGCUGCCCGAGAAGCUUCCGUCAAGUCUUCAAUGCGUGUGGGCAAAAGAUUGUACGUCACUGACGGAUUACCCAAAUCAAAUCAAAGAACUGAAUUCAUCGGAGUCGGGAGUGACUACUGUCAUUUCCCUCAAUUCUUCAGCACUUGGAAUCUCAGGAAUUUCCAGAAAAUUGAUAGUUGAGGGGGAAUCUACGAAGCUGUUUUUGACACAUCACCACGGAGACGGCCAAAAAUUUGAUCAUGAUAAAUUCAUCCCAAGCGGAGCAUGCCUUCCUCGGCAGAAUUCAGUAACGUACAUGCUGGAGAUGACAUUCCAGAGUGGUUCAGCACUGCAUCUACCAGAAAUCCCAUAUCAAUUCCAUUACCUCAAAAUCUGGCCGAUGAUAACAAGUGGAAGGGAUUUGCCGCGUGCGCUGUAUUCUCAUUCAAGUGGCACACUGCUCUCUCCUUUGUUGAACCGGAUAAUAAAAUUUCGAAUUACUCGUACCAAAUCACAUGGGAAACUGAUUUUGGGUGUCUCAAAUCAAAUGUGUUGGAGUUGA